AUGGCGCCCGCACUAUCACUAGUUAACAAGCUCAAAGUGCAGCUGAAACUCUCGAUAUCGCGCCUGCGCAUGGUCCAGCAAAAAGACAGCGCAAAAGUCAAACAACAACGUCGAGAAAUGGCCCAGCUCAUCGAGGCUGGCAAAGUGCAAUCCGCACGAAUCCGCGUCGAAAACAUCAUCCGCUCCGAUAUCACCACUGAACUGCACGAAAUACUGGAACUUUAUUGUGAGCUGUUGCUGGCACGCUCGCAAUUGCUGGAGAAUCACGUGUCGAGUCCAUCGUCUUCGGCGGCAGGGGCAGGUGCGGUAGGUACCACGCUGGAUCCGGCGCUGGAGGAGGCGGUCCGGAGUAUCAUAUAUGCAGCGCCGAGGACAGAGGUCAAGGAACUACAUACAGUGCGCGCCUUGCUGGUAGACAAAUUUGGCAAGGACGUCGCGCUGGCGAGUAUGGAGGGCGAGGGUGUGGCGGAGCGCGUGGUGAAGAAACUAAAGGUUGAGACCCCAAGUGAAGCGUUGGUUGAGGCGUAUCUCACGGAGAUUGCUCGUUUCUAUGGCGUUUCUUACGGCGCGAGUAAGCCAUCUGAUGACUCCAACGAUGGCGAGGAUAACGACGAUGAGCCUUCUAGUGGGGUAGCCGAGCUAGCAGAUGGUGUGCAAAGUGACGCAGACAAGGGUGAGGAAGAGAGGGAAGCCUUGGCACAAGCGAAUACACCUAAGAAGAUGGGUCCGCAGAGUCCCUUACGCGUUGUCCCACCGAGCCCGAGCACGGAUAACGUCGCACCGAGGUUGAAGUUACCAGGAGCAAAGGAUAAGGUGGCCAAGAUCGAGCCGAAGAAAGAAACGACCAAAGACGUAGGACCGGGCGGGAAGAUCCCGGAUGUAAAUGAGUUGGCGAGACGAUUUGCUGAGCUCAAACGAUGA